AUGGGCAAUGAAGUAUCUAAACCAUUUGGACAAAUUAGUGCUUCGACGAAAGAAAAAAAAUCAGCUGUUCUCUUAACAGGUAAAUUUAUAGAUCAACUGACUAAAAGGAAAACGGCUCCAAAUGAUCUCUUAGUCUGGUUGGAUAGCACCAUCGAUAACGAUAACUUAAAUUAUCGCAGUACCAUCAGUCAACUACAAGACACUGUCAAUACUAUAGGCACAUUUACUGAAGAUUGCGAAUGUAUUGAAUUUAUCAAAGCCAGUAGCAAUAAUAAGAUUAAUAUGAUCGUCUCAGGUUCACUUGGGCGAACUGUCGUACCACAGAUUCAUGAUAUGUCUCAAAUAAACUCAGUUUUUGUUUUCUGCCGUGAUAAAGAGCAUCAUAAAAAAUGGGCUGAAAAAUGGUAUAAAGUUCAGGGUGUUUGCACGAAUGUCGCAGAACUAUGUAAAGUGAUCAAAGAAACUACAAAACUAUACGAAGAAAAUGCCAUAUCUAUUAAAUUUAUGGCUGCUGUUAAUGAUAUAUCCAGUAAGGAGCUCCAGCAACUCGACUAUUCAUUUAUGUAUACACAAAUUCUCAAGGAAAUAUUAUUGUCUAUUCGAUUCGAAAAACAGCACUUUCAGUGCUUUAUUGCUUAUUGUCGUAAAAUAUUCGCUGAUAACAACUAUGAAUUGAGCAAUAUCGAUGAAUUCGAACAAGGAUAUCUUCAGCAAACUCCAAUCUGGUGGUAUACUCGUGAAUGUUUUGUAUAUAAAAUAUUGAACCGUGGUCUACGAGCUAUGGAUUUAGAUCUCAUCAUUAACAUGGGUUUUUUUAUCAAUGAUCUUCAUCAUCAGAUCGAUGAACUAUAUUCUCAGCAAUUUUACGAACAGAGCACCAAGAAAAUCUUUGUUGUCUACCGAGGACAAAGUUUAUCGAAAGUAGAUUUUGAACAACUCAAAAGAAAAAAAGGUGGACUUAUAUCUUUCAAUAAUUUUUUAUCUACCAGCAAAGAUCAAUACACCUCUCUCGAUUUCGCACGUAAGAAUCUUGCUAAUCCAGAGAUUGUAGGAAUCUUUUUCAUUAUGACAAUCGAUCAUUCUGUAUCGACAACACCAUUUGCAUCCAUCACAGACAUCAGUUAUUUUAAAAAGAAAGAAGAUGAAGUACUUUUUUCUAUGCAUACAGUUUUUCGCAUCGAUGAUAUCAAACAAAUGGAUGGACAUGAUCGUCUUUUUCAAGUGGAAUUGACACUGACAAGUGAGGACGACAAAGAUCUUCGAUCACUUACUGACUGCAUUACAGAGGAAACAAAAAGAUUAAGUGGAUGGGAUCGACUGGCUCUAUUAUUAGUCAAACUAGGUCAAUCCGAAAAGGUGCACGAAGUUUACGAAAUCUUGCUUAAUCGAACAACGGAUAAGAAUGAAAAAGCACGUCUUCAUGAGAAAAUUGCAUCUAUGAAGAAAAACCAAUAUGGGUGUAUAUUGGAAAAAGCAAAUCAUGCCAAAAACCAUCUAAAUCGACAAUUAUCUCUUCCUCUAACUCAUUCUAGCUCAGUUGAGUCGUGUGUCAAGACUGGCACGGUAUAUUACAACAUGAGAGAGUAUUCUAAAGCGCUUUUACACUAUAAAACAGCGUUUGAAAUUCAACAACAAUUGUUACCAUCGAAUCAUCCAGAUUUAGGUAUGUCUUAUAAUAACAUUGGCAAUAUAUAUAAUAGAAGAGGAAAUUAUCUCGAAGCACUCUUAUAUUACGAAAAUGCUCUGAAAAUUCAAGAGAAAUCACUUCCUCCUGAUCAUCUGGAUUUGGGAAUAUCUUAUCACAACAUCGGCACAGUUUAUAGAAACAUGCGAGACUACAUGCAAGCAUCUGAGUUUUUUGCACGUGCGGUGAAUAUUGGACAACGUUCACUGCCAUCGAACGACAAAACUCUGAAAGAAUGGAGGCAAAAUCUUGAAUAUACACGAAAGAAUUGUCAUUCAUAUGUAAUUAUUUAA